GAGUGGUCAGUGAGUGGUCAGUUGGGAGGCUGUAUUUGUAAUUGUGGAAUCUGAUGUGUUUAAUAUUCCUUUCUCCUUUCUCCACUCUGUGGAGUUCUGGAGUUGGUUCAGGAUGACAGUGUGUGUUCUGCCUGUGUUUUUGGUUGUGAUGGGAGUGUAUGUGGAAUACACACACACUGAUGGCUGUUCAACACUCACUGUUUCCCAUGAGUCCCUGCUGGUGGAGUACGGAGAACCUGUUGAACUCAACUGCUCCAUACCAUCCAAACCACCUUCAUCACAGCACAUUCUGGGCUGGGAGUCUCAGAUUAAUCCUGUUCAAACAGACAGUGAAACCAGUGUGAUGUGGAGAUCACCCGGUCUGACACAGUGGGAGGUGAACGGAAGAGAGUUGUUCUGUUUCCUGACAGUGCCGAAUAAAGAACAAUGUAAAAAGAGGGUCCAUCUGAGUCUUUACAGGCGUCCAGACAGUGUGAAGAUCAGCUCUGAGUCCAGCGUGUGGUCAGAAGGUCAGAUGAUGAAGCUGAAGUGUGAGAUUAAGAAUGUGGGUCCCUUACAGAACCUUACUGUACAGUGGACCAGAGUGGACCAGAAUAAAAACAGAACAGUUACUGAAAUGUCAUAUGGAAACUUCAGCUCUUCUGGAGAGGAGAGAAAGAGCGGGGAUGUGACGGCCACACUGAAUGUCUCAGCCAGCCGUGAUGAAGAUGGAGUCCAGUAUCAGUGUGCAGCUCUACUGAAGCUGGUGCAGCUCCAACAACCACAAGUGGGAACAUCAGAACCUCUGAACAUCACAGUACACUAUAAACCCAGCAUAUCAAGGCCCUCUGGCGGUGUCGAAUCUGUGAUUAGGGGCGAUGAGCUGGUCCUGAACUGUUCAGCACAUGGUAACCCCAGUCCUCAGUACACCUGGAGCUCACCUGGAAACAUGAACCUCAUGAACUCCUCCAUCCUCAUCAUCAGCACUGUCGGGUCAGAAGAUCAGGGUCAAUACAGCUGCACUGCCUACAACGACAAAGGCUCUGAUUCUGUGACUGUUACAGUGAAUGUUUUAGAGCAUCCACACACUACGAAUUUAAGCUCUGUGUCCAACGUGUGGUCAGAAGGUCAGAUGAUGAAGCUGAAUUGUGAGAUUAAGAAUACAGGACCGGUGCAGAAUCUUACUGUACAGUGGACCAGAGUGGACCAGAAUAAAAACAGAACAGUCACUGAAAUGUCAUAUGGAAACUUCAGUAUUUCUGAAAAACAGAAAGGGAGCGUGGAUGCGACGGCCACACUGGAGGUCCUAGCCAGCCGUGAUGAAGAUGGAGUCCAGUAUCAGUGUGCAGCUCUACUGAAGCUGGAGCAGCUCCAACAACCACAAGUGGGAACAUCAGAACCUCUGAACAUCACAGUACACUAUAAACCCAGCAUAUCAAGGCCCUCUGGCGGUGUCGAAUCUGUGAUUAGGGGCGAUGAGCUGGUCCUGAACUGUUCAGCACAUGGUAACCCCAGUCCUCAGUACACCUGGAGCUCACCUGGAAACAUGAACCUCAUGAACUCCUCCAUCCUCAUCAUCAGCACUGUCGGGUCAGAAGAUCAGGGUCAAUACAGCUGCACUGCCUACAACGACAAAGGCUCUGAUUCUGUGACUGUUACAGUGAAUGUUUUAGAGCAUCCACACACUACGAAUUUAAGCUCUGUGUCCAACGUGUGGUCAGAAGGUCAGAUGAUGAAGCUGAAGUGUGAGAUUAAGAAUACAGGACCGGUGCAGAAUCUUACUGUACAGUGGACCAAAGUGGACCAGAAUAAAAACAGAACAGUCACUGAAAUGUCAUAUGGAAACUUCAGUAUUUCUAAAAAACAGAAAGGGAGCGUGGAUGUGACGGCCACACUGGAGGUCCUAGCCAGCCGUGAUGAAGAUGGAGUCCAGUAUCAGUGUGCAGCUCUACUGAAGCUGGAGCAGCUCCAACAACCACAAGUGGGAACAUCAGAACCUCUGAAAAUUACAGUACACUAUAAACCCAGCAUAUCAAGGCCCUCUGGCGGUGUCGUAUCUGUGAUUAGGGGUGAUGAGCUGGUCCUGAACUGUUCAGCACAUGGUAAUCCCAGUCCUCAGUACACCUGGAGCUCACCUGGAAACAUGAACCUCAUGAACUCCUCCAUCCUCAUCAUCAGUACUGUCGGGUCAGAAGAUCAGGGUCAAUACAGCUGCACUGCCUACAACGACAAAGGCUCUGAUUCUGUGACUGUGAGGGUUAACGUUGUAGUGGACUACAAGCUGAUCAUCAUCGCUAUCUGUGCUGUAGUUACUGUGGUGUUGAUAAUUGGAUUUUCCUUUUGGUGUUAUCAACGCACCCAGAACAUCCGGAGGAACCAUGCUAACCUACUCGCAGCCUCAGACGCUCCACCUACAGACUCUCUGAAAGACACUGCAUGCUAAGAGGGCCACAUCUAGCAGUUAAGCCUCUCUUUGGCUGUUCAAACCUCAGUGUUAAUGCAGUUCUGUGUACUGGUUUAUUGUCCAAUGGGAAACAAUGUUUGUCAAGCUAAAUAACACAGCAUUUCUCUGUGGCUACAGAGGUGUAGUAAACCACUGGGUGCAGUUUUGUUUUAGCACUGUUUUAACAAUCAGUUGGUUCACAUAUCAAAUUUUCUCAUCUCAUCCAUGUACACUGAUGAAGCGAGAAGUCUGACUUCUGACUACUGUAUUUAAUUCUAACUCUGACUCCAUUGUGGCUGAUGCUAACCCUGACCCUACUGAAAGUAACAUUAACCUUAACUCUACUGUUUCAAGAUCAAGAAUAGUUCUAAACUUUUUAUAACUGUUCAAAGGCAUAAAACAGGAUCCUCACAGGAUCCAGUGCCAAUACCUACAUUCCUGCACUUAAUAUCAAACCUAUCCUAAUUGUACCUGAUGCCAAUCCUGAUUCUACUGUAUCUAUUGCCAAUCCUGAUUCUACUGCAUCUAAUGCUAACGCUGACCCUACUUUAUCUACUAAUGCAAACCCUGACCCUACUUUGUCUAUGCCUCACCUUGACUCUACUGUACCUAAUUCUAACACUGACUCUACUGUAUCUACUAAUGCUAACCCUGACUUUACUGUACCUAAUGCUAACACUGACUCUACUAUACCUAAUUCUAACACUGACUCUACUAUUGGGUCGCCACCACCAAACUAAGGGUAUGGGCCAAUUGGGAGGGCGAAGAGGAGCACAGUGAGGAGUCCCAGAAUGCAGUGCACCUCUCACCUGCAGUGCACCUGAGUGUAUUUUUAAAUGUUUUGCAUUUUUAUUGAAAAGUUACAAAGUGGUGCUUUGACAAAAAACCUUAGAGCUCAUUAUUAUUAAAUAUAAGUAUUAAAUAUUAAUUUUACAAUAUAUUAGAAUUAAAACAAUGACAGAUAUAAUAAAACAACAUAUAA